GGAUGGUGCAUUAUCACGAGAUUUUAAAAACAUUCGCUUCGCUAGGAUGCAAAGAUGAGGCGCUUUGCUAUGCGGCGGCACGUGUCUACAUUCAUCUCAAAGAAGAAAAACGCAUGACAGACGUCCAAUACCAGUAUGAGAAGGAGCUGCAGUUGCUCUACUUUACAGCAAGAAAUGAUCCGGAGGCAUCUAUCAACCUUUUCAUACCAUCGGCAACGACAAGGGCAUUGAACCUUGUGCAGUUGAAGCGUUGCAGAGAAGCAAUCGCGCUGCCUGGUGGCGAGAAACCAACAAGCAUCGUGCUGGCGAUCUGUGAUCCUAGCUCCACCGUCCUGCUGUACCGCAUGACGUCCGGCUUGAAAGAAAUCGACCAAAAGCUACCAUCGAAGGGGAAAAUGCUUCGACAGAGAGCAGAAACGAGCUGUGCGAAAGGAAAAACCACGGAAGAAACGCUCUUCGUAGCUAGAAAGAAAUAA